AUGGCCUGUCGAUUGCUAUACUUUUACAAUGAAACCGAAGUUUCGAUCCACGGUGACGAUUACGAAUUGCAAUCCACCGUUUUUACCUGGCAGAUCUCUGUGAACAGCAGCACUCACCUCUGGAACGCCUUCAACCUGCUCGGCUGGACGUGGAGGCAGCAGGCAGCCGUCGUGAACAAGCCGGUGGACCGUGACGCCUGGAUCACUCACCCGACCAUCGUGAACGCCUUCUACUAUCCCAGCAUGAACUCCAUCACCAUCCCGGCGGGGAUCCUCCAGAGUCCGUUCUAUGAGAAAGGGAGGCUCGCGGCAAUGAACUACGGCGGGAUCGGGAUGGUCAUCGGGCACGAGAUCACGCACGGGUUCGAUAAUUCCGGCCGCCUCUACGACGCGCGCGGGAACUUGGUGAAUUGGUGGACGCCGAAGACGGCGGAGACCUUCAAGGAAAAGGCCCAGUGCUUCGUGGAUCAAUAUAGCGGCUAUGAGGUUCCCGAACUCUCGGGCAUGGAAGAGCGAUUUGUGAACGGGACCUUGACUUUGGGAGAGAACAUAGCCGACAACGGAGGGGUGGAAGAGGCCUUGCUCGCCUUCUUCAACUACAUCGACCGGAACGGAGCGGAGCCCUCCCUCCCUGGUCUCGACUUCCUCACGUCUGAGCAGCUCUUCUUCGUCACUUUCGCCUACAAUUGGUGCGGUCACAGCACGAAGGAGUAUCUGCAGAACCAGAUUCUGUACGACCCGCACAGUCCUGCGAAUUUCAGGGUCCGCGGGUCCCUGAGCAACAGCGCCGCCUUCGCCAAGGCCUUCGGGUGCCGGGCCGACCAGCCCAUGGUCAGGGGAAACGACAGCUGCAUCUUGUGGGGGCCGGACGAGUCUGGAGGGUCGGUGCCUUCUUCCAUGCGCUUGGGCUACUACUUCGUUUCCCUGUGGUUGCUCCUAAGACUGGGCCAGUGGAAUUUCCCUUGAAAACUUUCCAUUCCUCACUUCUUAUUUAAUUUUUUUUUUAUUUAGAAUAUUUCUCAUGACUGAUUCGAUUCGUGGAAAUAGUAUGUUGUUUGGGUGGCAGGUACACACAUCUGAAUGGUACCCUAUAAAAGAACAAAUAUAUCUUGCAAUACAUUGCAGUG